AGUUUGCAAUUUAGACAUUCUUCCUAAACGUUAGAGGCUGGACUUGGGAGCCGACUUGCAAGGUUUGCAAAGGGACCCAGCAGUCUUAGUAUUGUGGAUUGGCUCAUCUUAACCAUGGACAGCGAAAAUGGCAAAGUAAAUGAGGCUGUAAUUCAGGAAAUGUCAGAAGAACAUCUGAUUGACCUUAAAAAGGAGAGAGCACAUGAGGGGACACCCAAGGAACCGAUAGACAGCAAGAAGGUGUCGUUACAAGAGGAAAAGGAGAGCGUGGCCCGCGUGGCAUUACCAGAAAACCAAGGAAAUGAGGGCCUCACCGGCGAUGAGUCUGUGGCAGAGGACCAUUUUUCCGGGCCUGUCCAUCCACCGGCGCCUGCUUCCCAGACUGCCUGUGAUCUGCCUCUGUCACCUCAGGAUAACAAAGAGAAGCUGACUGAUCGGCCUGAAAGCAGAGAUGAUGAGCUUAAAGCUGAGGAAGAAAGCGGCAGCGAAGAAUUAAUAAUAGAUGAGAAAGAGGAAGGACCCGGAAAUGACACUGAAGUUUUGGAGGCUGGAAGCAUCAGGAGCAGGGAGGAUGAAAGUCUCCGGGUCCUGGGAAUCGAGGAAAUCAGGCAGAGAUACGGCGACUUGUGUCAGAGCAAUGCAGCCUUCCAGGAGAUGAUGUUGAGCCUCAAAGGUGAUUUGUUUCUUGUCAGUGGCACUAAACAGAUUUUGGGUGGCCAAAGGAUGACUAGGAACUGGGAAACCCGAGUCCAGACCCCCACUGGCGCCAUGGAGGCUUGCUGGGUGACUAUGGGUCAGUUACACGCUCUCAGCACUGACCCUGGCUUUGCAUCGAGACCUCCAAGGAAAACCAUGGGUGUGCUGUGGAGGCGGGCAAUGGCGACACGAUCUCUGAAGGUCUCUCACCUUUUAGACCAGGGGUAG